AUGAGAUGGUGGUUUUUAAGAGAGAGGUUCUCUUUGUUGGAGAGGAGGAGGAGAGGAGGACUGGAGGAGGGGUUUAUAAAGGAAGGGUUAGGAGAAGUGAUUGAACUUGUUAAGGGAAAUAGGUGGAUUGGGAAUGGGGGUACCGGUAUUUUUCAGUUACCGGUUUUGAAUCACACAACUGGGAGAAUAUCGCGAGAAAUUAAACGGGGAAUAUUGGCGGUUAAGUGGAUAAGUUUGACUAGACAGGCUGGAGGGCAUUACGUGAGGGAUUUUGAUUUUUUUGUCUUUUGGGCUUUGUUUGGUGGAGGUGCGUAG